CGGAACAUAGUGCGAGUACCAAAAAAAAUACAAUUUUAUUUCUUUUAACUAUUUUAUUAAUUAAUUUAACUUUCUGAUUGAUUAAAAUGUGCGAUAUUGGUCCAGAAGUGAAGGAGGAAUUGCGAAAAUUUCGAUUCGCAAAAAAUAAUGAAAGUUCAGCGUUGAUUUUAAAAGUAGACAGAGAGAAGCAGGAAAUCGUGAUUGAUGAGUAUAUGGAGUCUGUUACGGUCGAAGAGUUACAGGAACAACUCCCGUCGCAUCAACCUCGAUUUAUUGUGUACGCAUACAAGAUGAUUCAUGACGAUCGUGUAUCGUAUCCAUUAUGUUUUAUAUUCUAUACGCCUCUUGAUAGUCAAAUGGAACUACAAAUGCUAUAUGCUCGAAGCAAAUUGCCACUUCAAAAGCAAGCGGAUCUAACACGAUCGUACGAAAUCAGGGAAAUUGAGGAUUUUACUGAAGAAUGGCUGAUCGGAAAGCUAUCAAAAUAAGUUAAUAAGAGGCCAAAUAAUGCUAAUUAUUGCUCAAGCUCUUGCCAUGAAUUGAUUUUGCUCGUCC